AUGUCUCACUCAAAUGUCCAAGCCGACUUUCUCGCCCUCCAGAAAUCCCUCAGUAAUCUUCGUGCCCUCCUGAGAUCUUUCCAGACCGCCCUGCAUUCUCCGACCCCACCGCCCCCACAAAUGCAAAACGCACCCAACCCCUUCGCACUCCUCUCCGACGCCUCCAAGCUCUUGAAAGCCCAGACCACAAAGCUAUCCUUGCUCCUUUUGCAUCAGCCUUUCUCUCCAAAAGAAGUCAACUUCAUCCUGAACACCCUUUUGAAAAGCGUUUGCCCAGCCUUGAUGAGCGGGUUGGAGCUUUGCCCGCCGCAGCGAUACACGAGGGUGCUGCAUCAACAUGUCAAGAGUUCGCUAGUGAUCUUCUGGCGAGAAAUGGGGAGCUUGCUGGCUUGUGUGCCAGAGAAUCAACAAAACGCGAGGAACGACGACGACAGGGAGAAGGAUGUGCGCUCGUCAACGGGCAUGCUGUGGGACUCGAGUGAUAAGCUUACGGAGGUGGCGGAGAAGGGCCUGGUCUGGUUUUUAGACCGGAAGGUCGGCGAGUAUGCGGACCUGGUUGAGGAUGCAAUUAGGGAGUUGGAAGAAUGGGACCCUGAGGACGAGGACGAGGAUGAUAAGGAUAGUGAUGCUGAGGAAGACAUAGUGAAGACGCCGACGACUAGCGAUGAAGAGAAAAUGGAAAUCAUGUUGAGCAUCUCCCCACAAAUUGCGCUGAAGGCCAAAGUAUUGAAAGCGCUCCGGCUAAUCAGAAUGCUUUACUCGGCUUUGCGGAAGCGUAGGGUAGCAACCUUUCCAAAUAUUCGGAAGUCCACAGCAGAAUGUGACAUGCCACUGUAUGAACAAAUAUCAAGCCUCAAUACCCUAGUUUCUACUACACAAUUUCUUUCCGAAGAAACCGAUGAGCUGGCGGGAGCUUUGUACGCCAACGAUGUUGAAGCAGUCGGAGAGCGCUUGAAAGAUUUACAUGGUCAAGCUAUCGGUUGCACCUUGAUCCUGAAGAAAAGCUGGCAUGGAAAAGAGGACGAGUUCAGUUCAUGGACAGACAAAUGGGCAGGCCGUUUGGAAGACCUGAAAAAUAAUUAA